AUGCUUUUAGAAAUUCAAAUCUUACAAAUAUUACGAAGCAAGCUUUCGUCAACUCCCAUCAUUCCAAGUCAGCAUUUGAACAUUUCAUCCGAAACAGUUGUUCCUUCAUCUUCAAUCACUAAGUCUACGCAUAGACCUACUGCUCGAUCAUCAGCAGUUAAUGUUCGAAACAGGCGAAAGAUUAUUAAUCGAACCACUCCAUACUCAAACUCACCACGCAAAGCUGAUAAACAGAGACAUUCAAAUAUAACUUUGGAUACUUUUUCUGAGACAAUUUCUUCAACCAUCAAUGACAGCACUUGCAAAAAUUCUGUAUCCACUUCAGCGAGCAAAUAUUGGGAUCAACAUUUCACGGGACUUGAUGCAUAUCCCGAGUUUACAACUUAUGAUGACAACAUAUCUCUCAAUUAUCUUCAAUUCACAGUACCUUUUGAUAAUGCGCAAUACGUAAGGCCCGUAGAGCAGUCGUUUACGUUUGAGACCGAUUUCUAUCCAAAUCUCCCAGGUCUUAAUUAUGACGUAAUUGAACCAAGCUUUUUUUCUUCGGAUCCAUCAGGAGAAAUUGUGUUAAACAUGGAAUCAGUUGAUCCGACAAAUAUUACCAACGAAAAUCCACCCUAUAUAAAUCAGUUAUCACUUUUAGGCUUUGAACCAUUAUAUUAUCCCAAUUCUCUAGAAUUCGGUGUCAUUGACCCUGCAUUACUUUAUCUGGAUCCACCUUCUUUUACACCUUUUUCCUAUGGACGUAGUUCUAAUAUCUAUCAAGAGAUUCCUUGA